AUGGCGGCCUCUGCAGAGCAAAUAUCCUUGGCCGUCGAGUUUUCUGGCGGACUAGAAAUGCUAUUCUCAGACCAAAGACUACAUUCACUAGCUCUGCCAGCUCACGACAAAGAUGGACUGCCUGCCACCAUCGCCUUUUUGAUAGCCCAUCUCUGCCAAGAAGUAAUGAACGAUACCAGAAAGGAGCUUUUCGUCCUGGACGACCACCUACGACCUGGCAUCUUGGUCCUCAUCAAUGAUGCUGAUUGGGAGCUCGAGGGCGAGGAGGCGUACGAGCUAAAGAGUGGCGACAAUAUUUUGUUUGUCUCAACGCUCCACGGUGGAUAG